AUGAAUCGUUACUGGUGGGGAACAGGGACUGAUACUAGCAUCCACUGGAAAGCGUGGGAUAAGCUGUGUAUUCCCAAGAAAUAUGGAGGCCUGGGUUUUAAGGAUCUCAAUGCAUUCAAUCUGGCAAUGUUGGGUAAGCAAGCAUGGCGAUUGCUUACUAAUACUAAUUCACUAGUCUCUCGAAUUUAUAAGUCGCGGUAUUACCCCAAACACUCAUUCUCUGAGGCAGAGAUUGGAAAUAAUCCUAGUUAUUAUUGGCGAAGUAUUAUGGCUGCCAAGGGAUUAAUAACUAGUGGAGUGAGACGACGAAUUGAGAAUGGGAAGUCUACAUUAAUAUGGGACCACCCUUGGCUGCAUGAUGAUUUAGAUCCAAUGAUUCAAACAGAAAUGCCACCUCAGUUAGCAGGAGAAAAAGUUGGGGGCUUAAUUGAUCAAACAACAGGUACAUGGGAUCCUCAUAUAUUAUCUGAUAUUUUCAACCAGGAUGAUAUACCUAGGAUAUUAAUGAUCCCGGUCUCGCUGGAAUAUGAGGAUAUAUGGUAUUGGUAUGGUGACUCAAAUGGGUGCUAUACUGUCAAGAAUGGAUACAGAUGUGUGGUGGGCACUUAUGAGAACAACUAUUGUUUUGAUAAGUGGAGCACCCUAUGGAAGCUUAAAAUUCCCCCAAAAUGGAAGACAUUUUUAUGGAGAGCUAUAAAUGAUAUCCUCCCUACCACUACCAACUUAAUUAUAAAGAGAGUGGAUAUUAGCCCGAUAUGUGCCAUGUGUGGACUUAUGGAUGAUACUAUGCACUCAUUGGUCUUAUGUGGUUAUGCAAGAGCCAUAUGGGACCAAUCUAACCUUCCACUCCCCCACUUUGUGACAAAUAUUUUCCAAGAAUGCUGCAAUUUUAUACAACAUUUGGAGAGCCCGAAACGAAGCAGUCUGAAAUUCAUGCCUACCCAUGCCAAAGUGACUCCUGGCGAUGGUUGUGACGUCAAUGCACACGUGGCAGCAGGUCCACCACGCCACCAUGCCAGCUCCGGCCGAAACACAUACUGCCACCAUGCAGCAGCCGCCUGCCAUAAUGCCAUGGAAUACCACUGCCGGAACAGUAGCAGCGCCGCCAGUCCACUGCGUGGGUUUAGGCAACAGAUGGGCUCGGCCACAGUCGACGCAAUCUUGUUCGACGACCAUGGGGAAUAUAUAUCGGCGUACAGUGCGCCCUUGCACAACUGUUUAUCACCACUUAUGGCGGAAACUAUGGCGUGCAAAGAAGUGUUGUCAUGGCUCAGAACACGAGGAGAAACAUCAGUUGAAGUUUACACGGACUGUCAAACACUGCAAGCAUAUCUGUCCUCUACGGAGACUCGGUCUCGAUCCUAUCUUGGUUAUGCACUGGAUGCUUGCAAAGCUUAUAUGGCUACGUUUACUUACUGCUUAGUUAAUUUUAUUCUUAGAUCGCAGAAUUAUUUAGCGCAUACCUUAGCUUCUGAUGCUUUUAAUUUUGAUUUGCCUAUGUACUGGGAUGCUAUCCCACCCGACUCAGACAAGCUGAAGUCGACUGAGAAGGCUUUGGCCAUUGCCGAGAAAGCAGCUGGGGCGUCCCUGAAGGAGGCGUUCGACCUCAAAGCCCGAUUGGGGAACCUUGAGGGCCUCGCGAAGUUUCUUUGCCGCGAUGAGGCGUCGGGUGAAAAGUUCAUCAAGGAAGUGAUGAAGACCAAGGUCGAGGAGGACUUAAUCUGGCAGUUCGGGCACUGGGCCUUCAAGUCCGGUCAACGAACCAUGCGGGAGGAGACCCGAUCCAUCAUGGAGGAGGUCUUCGAGGGCGACGACUUGAAGUCCGUGUUGUCGACCCUUCCGGAUGAGGUUGCCGACCCCGGCCCGGCGCCCUUCACCGAGCCAUCUGAUGAGGACGUGGUCGAGCCUAGUAACGCCGAGAAGGACGCGUACAAGGUCGUGUAG